AUGGCCCCCAUGCCUUCAAAUACCGAGAGCGACAGCGAUGACAAGAAGCGCCCUGUAUCAUGGAUGGAUAAUCUCAAUUCGACAGACUGGUCUCACUACACUGACCCAAGGACCAUCAUACCCACUCUCCUCCUGACAACAACGAUUCUGGUGUCGGUCAGACUCUAUCGCUCAUACCUCGCCCGAAUUCCAGAAGCUACAUACAUACGCCCGCGGUUCUUCAGGAAUCGGAGCUUGUUUGGGAAGGUUACGCGUGUUGGAGAUGCAGACAAUUUUCACCUCUUUCACACACCAGGCGGGAGACUGGCUGGCUGGGAAUGGGCGCCAGGACGCAAAAUCCCAGAGACCAAGGGAGAUCUGAAGAAUAACACGAUACACGUCCGGAUUGCAGGAAUCGAUGCGCCUGAGUGUGCUCACUUCGGCAAGCCUGCCCAGCCCUACUCGGCGGAAGCGCUUGCAUGGCUUAAGAAUUACAUCCUGGAUCGUCGUGUACGAGCAUACAUCUACAAGCGCGACCAUUAUGAGCGUGUUGUGGCCACUGUAUGGGUGCGAAGGUUUUUCUUUCGGAAGGAUGUGGGGAAGGAGAUGCUUAAGGCGGGAUAUGCAACGGUGUAUGAAGCCAAAUCGGGUGCUGAGUUUGGAGAUUUCGAGGAUAAAUACAGAAAGGUUGAGGAGACAGCAAAGCGGAAGAAAAGAGGAAUGUGGGCAGGCGUUGCGAGGAAGGACUUUGAGAGUCCACGAGAGUUCAAGACCAGGACAGCUCAAUGAUUCGAAAACUAAAGUGAUACCCGGAUAUUUUCCACCGAAUUUGGAAAGCGAAGACGUUCAGUUUGCGUUUGAGAGUACUGUUGAGUUUGCUGUCUCUUGCUUCAAGGUUACUUUGAUACUGUUGACUUCCUCCUAUCUGUCAGCAACGACUCAGAGACAAGAACUCAUAUAUAUUCGGUGCUUCUACAUCGUGAUUAGGAGCUAGUAUGGGUACUAUAUGCUGUCAAUGUGCAAGGGCUAUACCCAUUCCCUUUCCACCUUUUUGCUAUGUUACUUAGAAAGGUGCCGAUGAAUCAGAAGAUGACUGGGCAAACAUACUUGAAGAGUUGCACGAGGGGAUGAGGGGAUGAUGGCCAACCUGCCUCGUCUUACGUGGAGAAUCGAAUGAGGCUGAGCCGCUCUGCCUUCAGUCCUGGAGAGUGUCCAGAGCACAAAUAAGACCAUUGGGAUAACCCUUGGACUGUGACUUCCACAACUGAUACAUGAGGUAGCUUAGCGCAAAGCUCCUUCGUCCCCUGCAGACAAGCUUCUGCACGUGAUGGGGGCAAGCAAACGUCUCAUGCAAUCGGGAUUCCGUCUAAGUGCGAUUGUCGGAAAUCCGUAGGAUCGUCUCAGGGAGCUUGAGAUUUGGCGGUCCUGUGAUAGGUGUGAUUGGCCAAUGGGUCUCGGAAUGCAAAUCGACAGAACAGGUUGAGCAUUGAGAUGGGCAAGCAGUGUGUAUGGAUGAACGUGUUGUGUGGUACUCGAGUAGUCUUCAUCUGUUCAUCCUGUGUCAUCAGAGAUCCUGCACAUGCAAGCAGCUUUUGUCUGUAAUAUAUCUACCAAGGCAGACAUAGCGGUACCGAGCCGGGGUUGGGAGCGCACGCCGAAACGUAAGCAGUGCAGUGUUUAUGGCGACUCGAAGGGCAUUCCAGCAAAGUGAAACAUGCAUGAGGCGAACGGUGCAGAGCAGUGCAGCAUCUGGACUCCCCAUCACACCUAGUGACCUCGAGGGUAGGUAGGGUAGGUAGGUAGGUACCUUACCUAGGUCUAGGUACAUUGAGCAGAGCAGAGUAGAGUACUAAGUCGGGCACUGCUGCACGUAAGGUACCUAAAUUACCUUAGGGUAGUACUAGCCGGUCCACCUCCUGUUUUACUCAGGGCUCGCGUAUAGUUAGGGUAAGUAAGUGUUACGAGUAAGUAAAGUAUCACACUAGAAAAUAUACCUAAACUCUAAAAAAAG